AUGGCGCAACGUCCACGGUUUACGUUUCCAGCUUCAAUGGAAGAACUAGGGGUAUUCGAAUCACCAGCAACACUUAUGCAGAAGAGGCAACAACCACAACUUCACCUGUUUACGGACAACGCAUCAAGCAAGGCGCAUACACUGGCCAUGUCUGAUAGGAAAUUCUCAAUACCAGUUGCUGUACGAACUCUUUCUACACCACCUACCUCUCCAACAAGGAAACGAUCUAUGACUUUGGGUGCGCAAGAUCCUCGAAGCAUGCACAACAGCGGUGCAGUCACACCUCCUAUCACACCUGGUGGUGCGUCGCACUCCAAGUCCAACUCGACAUCGUCCGAUUUUCUGAGCUCUUUGUCAACCUUACGGCGUGGAGAUUCCAUAUCGUCACUAAGCCGGCCCCGACUGUCACUGGAUGCAUCACCACAACCUGGCAGCACUGAGCUCACCACCUUCCCGUACCACUUGAUGGACUAUGAGUUCAAGAUGGACGAUCGUGGACGGAAGAAGACUAUCGGUGAGGGAGCAUGGAGUGAUGUGUUUCUAGCGAAGCCGUGUCCUCCCAAAACGACUGAACAAUCUUCAUCACAGUCUCCCUGUGGACCCGAGAUGACACCUCCAGUCACACCUGUGCGGACCAUAGACUCCGCCAUAGAUCUCGCCAGUUUUCCCAUAACGCCGCCCAUGUACGCAGUCAAAGUGCCAGCCAUGACCAGCGCCAAGAAAGUGCUCAGCGCGGAAGCAAGAAUCCUAUCCUACCUCUCCCGUUUCUCCGAUGCUGCGAACCACAUUGUACCUUUCUACGGCCUCGACACACGCACCGGUUCCCUCCUCCUUCGCGCUAUGGACAAUACGCUCGAAGGCUGGAUCCAAAAGACACUCAACACACUCGACGAAGGCUCACGUGCGGAGAAACUUGCCGUAGUUUUUCCCAACAUUGCUCUCACACUCCUCAAAAGCUUACAAUGGAUGCAAGAGAAAUCGUGUACUCACGCUGAUAUCAAACCCUCGAACAUCCUCGUCUCCUCGUCUACAUCUUCGUCUUCCUCAUCCUCAUCUAGUAAUGCCAGCACGCCCAAACCCGUCUACACAGACUUCUCCUCUACGAUACUCAGCCACCCUGAUGCCACGAUUGAAUCUUGCGCCUCACCCCUCGGCGCGGGGACAUGGGAUUACCUUGAUCCUUCUCUCCUCAGCUCGUCAUCUACUACCUCACCCUCCGCGGCAACGGAUCUCUGGUCUUUGGCCAUCACUUUACUGUUUCUCAUCCUGGGAUCUUCGCCCUAUGAUGCUUUCAAGGGGAACAAGUAUCAGCAGAGAGAAAUGAUCAAGUCGGGAUGCCCGCUGCAGUGUAUGAAGCAUGAUGAUCAGGGGAUCAGAAAUAUCAAUAGGGUGCAGAGAUUAUCUCGGGAUCUGAAUUUCAAUUUGUUAGGAUGGUUUAGCAAUGUCCUGGUGAAGGAUGGAGCGAAGAGGGUCGGGUUGAGGGAAUGGACCGAGGAGCUAGAGGAGACUAUAAAGACGAGCGUGUAA